AUAAAUAUACAAGAGGAAUGUAAAACAAGGUAAAAAAAACGAAUAACCUAAUCUAACCUCCUUUAUCUCGUCGAUUAUGAUCGAAUUAUGAUCGAAAAUAUAAAUAAAUUUCUCGAUUAUUGCAAAAAAAAAUAUGAACAAAAUGAAGAAAAGGAAUGAAAGAAAAUGGAAAAUUGAGUAAAUAAAAACGUAUAUAUGAAAACAUUGAUACAUAGAAAUCAAUAGCCAAUAAAAAACAUAAUAUUACGAGGAUUCGCUUCUUGACACGAAUCUCUACUUAUCGUCGUUGCUUGAAUAUGCUCCUUUAAUUUGUAUCGUCUUUCACAACUAAUCAAAAAUUCCAAUAUACAACGAAUAAAUCUCGAAACUUAAAAUUUUCAACUUUUUCUUCUCGUAAAAAAUGUAUAAUGUUAAGAUGCUAAGGACGAUUUCAAAAAUUCAAUGAAAAAUCGCGACAUGUACAAAUCCCUCUAUCGAAGACGAGAUGAACAACAGCAAGGAGAGAAAUUGAAGAGGGCGCAUCGAUCACUUUAUGUCAAACGAUCCUCCAAAAACUGUCAGUUUUUUCGAUUCUCGUGGCCCGUCCAAAUUCACGUGAUGCUCGUGACAAUAGCGACGAAUUAUCAGCUUCGCGGGACGAAAACUCGAUGUCAUGGAAAUCGCAAGGAUCCACAGAUAUUACAAAACCUAUCAUUUUGGGCCACGAUGGCUGUUAUACCAAUAUCUGUUGACGGACGCUAAGUUGAGGAAUAUGCUUGAUUUGGGUCCGUUCUGCGGGACCAUUACGUUUAUAACUGGACUCAUGAUCUUGAUCCUCCUCCUCUAUUCAUACAUGAAUGAAAAAGCGACCAAUUCGAACGAGAAGGAUUUUCAAGAGCUUCAAAAGGAAACAAAUAAGAAAAUUCCCCGGAAAAAAAGCGUGGCGGACAUCAGGCCGAUCUACAAUUGUAUUCAUAAACACCUCCAGCAGACCGACGUGUUUCAAGAGAAGACGAAGAAAAUGCUUUGCAAGGAACGCUUGGAAUUGGAGAUUCUGUGCAGUAAAAUCAAUUGCAUCAACAAGCUGUUAAGGCCCGAGGCGCAGACCGAAUGGCGGCGGAGCAAGUUACGAAAAGUGUAUUAUCGUCCUAUUAACUCUGCCACGUCGAAGUAAUGGCCGACGCCGUGUAACAAUGUAAUUAACCAAAUACAAAUGCAUCCAAUAAAGAACGUACAAAUUGCAUCGA